UUGACACCCUUGGCUCUCGUUCAUUCUGUGCUGCCUGCACUUUCAACAUCGCAGCAAUGGGUGUCAGUCUUACCACAUCACUUAUGUGUACUCGUUAUAACUCCACAUUAUCAUUUUACUUUGACAUCUUUGUGUUUUUUUCCUCACUCUCUUAUUGUCCCCAGCAUCAAUAUGCAGGUCGUUAAAGCCUAGUCGUGUAAUUUAAUGGUUAACCGCACAACACUCCCCUCUUUCCUCCACGCCACGGUCCACGCUUCAUAAGCCGUGUGCAGCCUCUUGAGGCUCAGUCAGUCAGCCCACGGAAGGAGCCCACACGCACACGUACACGAUGGCUCUAGCAGAAGCGUCCAAGCAACGCGACGACUCGCACUUUCCGGAAAUCGUCGAGCUGAACGUCGGGGGACAGGUGUACGUCACCCGGCUGCAAACUCUCGUUGCGGUGCCGGAUUCGCUCCUUUGGCACAUGUUCAGCCGCCGGACCCCCAAGGAACUGGCCAGAGACACCAAGGGCCGCUUCUUCCUGGACCGAGACGGUUUCUUGUUCCGUUACGUACUCGACUAUCUGCGCGACCAGACCUUAGUGCUCCCGGACUACUUCCCGGAGAGGAGCCGACUGAGGAGGGAGGCGGACUUCUUUCAGCUUCGAGAGCUGGCCAAGAGGCUCUGCCCACAAGUGAGUAAGGACAACUCCGUCAGUGAGGAGAUUAGCCACAGCGAUACCGAGGACAGCUCGCUCCAAGGCAGCCAGCCGCCGUGCGCAUCGGCCGGAGGCGCGGAUGCAACGUUACGCACCAGCACGGCCGUGCGCUCCCCGUCUAUGGACUCCAGGAAGUCGGGCUACAUCACUGUUGGCUACCGCGGAUCAUACACCAUCGGCCGGGACAUCCAGACCGACGCCAAAUUCCGCAGGGUGGCGCGCAUCACUGUGUGCGGGAAGACAUCCCUGGCCAAAGAGGUGUUCGGAGACACGCUCAACGAGAGCAGAGACCCGGACCGUCCGCCGGAGAGGUACACGUCGCGCUACUACCUCAAGUAUAAUUUCCUGGAGCAGGCUUUUGACAAGCUCGCCGAGGUGGGCUUCCACAUGGUGGCAUGCAGCUCUACGGGCACCUGCGCCUACACCAGCAAUGACCCCGGCGAGGAUAAAAUCUGGACAAGUUACACCGAAUAUGUCUUCUGUCGAGAACAGUAGCCAGAGUACUUUUUAAAUGGAAAUAAAUGAUGCCCCUUUAUUCGACUACAUCCUUGGAAUAUUAAUUACCCGUAUCACCAGAUACGAUUCAGAGAUUACAAUGCAGCCCUCCAAAAAUCCAUACAAAUGUAGAACUAUGGUUAUCGACCAUGUGUUUCACAACCUUUACUGAGCUACGCACAUAUUUACCACCCGACAAAGUUACAAGAAGUAUAUAGACAACACUGAAUCCCCGCCUAUCUGCAAAUUGAUUUUUGGACCGCAUCCUCCAUUAAAUGUUGAAAAACUCACCUAUCUGCUGUUUUUUUGGUUUCCAACUGGUGCCAAGUAAAUGUUAGGUAAUUAGCUUCAUUUAGACAAAUGUACUCCUUUGCUGCUAUCUUGUGGCCUUUUUAGGGAUGCUGUCAAUUACAGUACUUGUGGAUUUUCACCUUUGGCAGUGGGGCUCUGUUGCAACCCCCUGUUGAAUAAGUAAAAUUGAGAUGAUGUAUGGUCAUAGUGGAAGAGCAUUUCAUUGUUCUGCCUGUCACACUAUACAUCGCUGGCAUAUGAACAAAGCUACAUCAUUCGUAUAAGUUUUGGACCAAUGACGUGGCAUUGUUACAUACUAAAAACAAUGUUCUUGAUCCUGUGUGUGCAUAUGUGACAAGUUGCUAAAAAAAAAAUCAGGCUCCAAUAAUAUAAUUCGAGAUGGAACUAUUAACUUUGUUUUGAUUGACAUUGUAGAGAGUGAGUGAUAUUAUUUUUGGCCCAUGUUGAGAAUCAAAGUCUUAAGAACACAAAAUUUGAAUGUAAUCCAAUCAAAACUGUGACCUGUGUUAUGAAAUAAAUGACUGCGCAGACAGACACUAUCCAGUCUAGUGCAAAGCAGCGUGAUACAACUAAACAUUCAUCUCGGUAGAAGGCCGACAUCUGAUUUUCAAUUGACUGCUGUCUUAAUUAGGAAGAUUAAGGUGGCAAAGUUCUCACAAAGGGGCUGCCAGAUCACUCCUGCACUUCGCUGUAUAUAAAAAGUUCUUUCGUCCUUUGCAUAUUGAUCUUGUCCAAUAAAAAGCAUGUAUUUGUAUUGUCUUUUUUGUUCUUUUUUUUCUUUUGAUUAGAAACAAGAAAAUGGACAAAGAAAGUCAGUUGUUGGUAUGGCAAUAGCUGCUUCAGCUAAUAGUAGCAUCAUUGCAACAAGACGCGGUGUACCUCACCAACGCAGUGAUUUCUUUGUGUGUAUGAAUAAACUCAGAAUACUGA